AUGGAUAAGUACAAUUUGAUCAUCAAUGAUGAGACUUUUUCCUCGCUGACUUUGAAGGUUGCGGAUUAUCCAAGGACUUUGGUUCAUUGGGAGAAUUUUUUGAAUUAUUUGAUUACAAAGGCAUCUCCUCUUAAUAAAUCAUUGGAGCCCUCCAUAUACAAAUUGAUUAAAAACACUUAUGAAUCGUUGCUUUUCCAUUUCCCGUACUUGGAAAAUUACUAUGUGGAUUACGCCCUUUUUGAGUAUAAGCUCGGUAACAUCUCCAGAGUUCACAAGAUUUACCAACAAGGCCUACGAAAGUGCAAUGAUAGAUCUCUGUUGCUGUGGAUAUCAUACCUGAAGAUUUGUAAUGAAGUAGUGAUAAACCAACGACAGCUGUUCAAUCUUUAUGAAAGGGCUGAACAUUACAUUGGAUUGCACUUUCUGAGUGGGGAGUUUUGGGAAUUAUAUUUGGAGCAGAUCCAAGAGAGGUGUUUGACAAAGGAACGAUAUUUUGUCAUACUUCGUAAAGUUCUCGAAAUACCUUUGCAUUCAUUUAGCAGAUUUUAUUCAAGAUGGUUGCAAUGCAUUGAUGACAUACGGGAUGUGUCUCAGCUCAUUCGACUGGCACCAAAAGAAGAUCUCCAGAAAAAGAUGAAAGUGGAUGUGAACUAUCAGGGAAGAAAGGGACCGUAUCUUACAGAGGCCAAAAAGCUCAUGAGGAAGUUCACGAAGGAGCUGUACAUGGUCGUGCAAUAUCAAGUCCUAGAGAUAUACAAUCUUUUCGAGUCAAAGUUGAGCAUUCAUUACUACUGCUCUCAAGAGACACUUAUAUCAUCGGAGGAGAUAGCCACUUGGAAUGCUUACAUCGAUUACACCACUAAAUUGAAGAUUGAUUCCCUGACUGAGGUAAAUUUCCAAAGAGCACUAUUACCAUUGGCUCAUUACGAGAACAUAUGGAUCAGGUAUGCAGAAUGGCUCAUUGACUGGAAAGAAGAUUUGGUGUCAGCGAAAAAUGUCCUAAUGAAUGGUUUAACUAUGUCGCACAAGAAAGCUGCUAUAAUAAAACUGCUCUGCUCAACUCUCUGCAAACUUCGCGAUUAUGAACUGCUCGAGCUGAUAUUGGGCAAAAAAGAAGAAAUGUACGUCACUGAUAUAGAAGGUAUCGAUGAAUUUGAGACUUUUUGGGACUAUCUACAGUUUCAGAUAUUUUGCUGUAAUAGCAGGUUACAGACCCGUUAUGAGGUGGCUAGAUCAGAUCAAUUGCUGCCAGAUAAUGUGCUUGAUAUUAUAAUAACACGUCUAAGUUGCGGUAGUCUGAAGAAGGGACAGGAGUUACUACUUACCUCAUUACUUCAACUACAAAGCAAAACCAAUACAGACAUGAUCGAGAAAAGGAUUUUCAGGCACAUAAUUGAUGCUAAAUGGGAGUUUUACUUACAAAACGGGUUGUUUUGGAGCCUAUACUCGCAGUUGAUUUUUCUAGAUCCAUCCAAGUCCUAUCUUGAUAGAAGGCGACAUAUUGUCAAAAAUAUAUGGAAAAAUGCAACAAAUUAUGAAGGAACUGUUCUUCCCGCAUUAAGACGGUUUUGUCAAUUGUAUUUACCAGAAGACAUUGACACAUUAGAAGAAAUUUUCGAAAAAAGUUUAGAUCAAAGAAUAAUUAAUUAA